AGUUCAUUGGCUGGUUAGCAACAACCCGUGUGACCGGCGCGGCAUCGGUAUAAUCCUACAGGAGGGCGGCAGAGCCUUGUCAAUCUCAGCUCUCCCGGCAACAAAUCCCAGAAGCUUCAAAAUUCAGGGAAGCAAAUUUCUCGUUGCCGUCUUUCUUCUGGGUCCUCUUCACCGUGGAUCUUUGCGGGAGUAAUCGAAGCCGAAGAAAAGAUGAGAUCUUUGUUGCCACUCCUUGUUCUAGGCGCUCUUUCCACCUACGUUUUAGCUGACCAGAUCCUCCCAGCUCACGUAGGUGGUUCGUUCAGUCGCAGUUCUCGCGAGCCCAAGUAUAAGAUGGAGUUCCAUCCUGAAGAAGCACCAUUUCAUCCUGACGAGGAUCAAGAAUCUGUUGUUAUGCCUGAUACAAACGGGCGCAGUUACAUAUGUUACUUGCCUAAGAUAGAGAAAGCCAAGAGUGAGAAGCCAGUCAAUCAGGUGAACAUAACCAGCAUGAUUGUGGAAACUGAGAGACGGCUUAAAUUGAAGACUCCUGACGAGCUGCUUGAAGUGUUCAAAGGCAAAUGUCUUGUCAGAGUCAGUAUUUGCUUCCCCAGUUCCAAUGAAAUAUCAUUUUUACAUUUCUUGUAUGCUUUGCUCCUGAUGUUGUACUAUCCUUGCAGCAAGAGGGUUGGUGGACUUAUGAACUCUGCCACGAACAAAAGUUAAGGCAGUUUCAUGUGGAAGAUGAGAAGGUGGUACAGGAAUUUGUUUUGGGUAUUUAUGAUGAAGAGGCCACAGCUGCAUUCAACCAGAACUUAAAAGACGUUUCCACCUUGAAAGAUCCUCGCUCCAAAGAUGCAUCUCAAAGGUACCAUGCUCAUCAAUAUACAAAUGGAACUCUCUGUGAUCUCACCAAUCAGCCACGAGAAACCGAAGUGAGAUUUGUAUGUUCUGAGCCAAGAGCAAUGAUUAGUUCUAUCACAGAGCUAUCCACUUGCAAGUACGCCCUGACAGUACAAUCUCCGAUGCUUUGCAAGCAUCCACUGUUCCAAGAAGAGAGGCCUGUGUGGCACACCAUCAACUGCAAUGCCCUGCCGAAGACUUACAAGGAAAGCAAAGUUAAGAAAGAUUCAACUGGAGGGGAUAAGCAAAUCUUCAUGGUCACUGAGGUUGAGAAUCCAACCAAUGCACAGUCUGAGGAGUGAAUCUAACACUUGGAAGGAGGGAGAUUUUGUACUUUGUAUUCACAUCACAGUCGUUCACUUGCAGAAACCCCGGGCCUCUAAAUUGUUCCUUGAUGUCCAGGUUAAGGGUGGCAAACUGGCAAUUGUGUUAGUUAAGUGGCAUGUAAAUAUAGAAGACGAACCUAUUCUCAGAUAACGGGAUCUUGUAAAUGAAUGGAUUGAAGAGGAGUUUUAUCUCUAUAAAUUUUACUGUUGGAUUCCGUUACGUUGGAAACGUUGGAUCUGAAGCUUGCUUCUUAGGGCUUUUCUCCUUCUCCUUAGGGUUGUGGAGCCAGUUAAGCAUGAUCAUUUAAAACAAUUAUAUGACAGAAUUUAGUAUAACAGUUCAAACCCAUUCUCUAUUCCCAG